AUGGAUGCCGAUAAAUGUAUGCAAGUCAAGGGCAUCGUCAGGGAGACACCAGAGUCUAUCAAAAUUUGCUGGAAAGAUACUUGGGAGCUGCUUGAGGAUUUGGAGGAUGGCCCCCUGAAGGAGGAGGCAAAGAGGCUCCUGGAGGACAACUCAUGCCGUGUGCUUGAGAUAUUUGAAAGUGAUGGCGGGGGGUUGAACUAUGCUGAGAUCCUCGACGACGAUGAGUCUAGCGAGCCCAUGGUUCCCGAAGUGGCUCCCACCGUUCCAAAGAGUAUUUUGGAUGUCGGGCUGGGAAGGAAACUUGAUGAUAUGCGAGUGAAGAUUCGCUGGGAGGACACCUGUGAGCCACUUGACCUGAUCAAGGUUUCCAGGACAGCUAGGAGACGCUUGAAUCCCUGA